UCAAUGUAUAUCAGACAUAAGAGAAAUCUUUGACUUUCCUACAUUGCCUACAUGAAUUUAGCUCCCCUAGUGAGCAUACAUGAGGCAUUGUACAAAAACUAUAUAUUAAAAAGUGAAAUGAAGUAUUUUCUUAUAAAAACUUAAGGCUAUUACAUGAGGAAACACAACGUAUUGUCUUAUAAGAUAAAAAAAGAUGUAACCUAAACGUUUAAGACUAGUGGUGACCUGAUUAGAGUGGUCCACUGUUUUGACGCAUACAGAAAUGGCGGAUAAUAUAUUUGUCAUACAUUUAAUCUUCUUGUUGACAUUCAGCUUAUGUUCAGGACAAAAGACAGCUUUAAUGGACGACGGUCCUCUACUUGACAGUAGAGAAGCAUCUGAAUCUCAUGAACCUGUAGGAAUUAAUUUUGGAAUUAAUCCUAUCAAUCAGCGUCGUUUUAAAUGUCUUACUUGCGAUGAACCAGACUGUGCUCAGACCGAAAUCUGUGAUGAUGCCAUUACAUGUAUGAAAUCUAAAAUAAGAGAUACAGAUGGAAAGGAAAGGAUUAGCAGAGGAUGCGUCGAUGAUGUAGAUAAAAUGCAAUUUACUUGUAACAAACAACAAUCUUCUAAAGAAGUAAAAAAUGACAAUGGCAUAAAAAAGCAUGUCAGCAGAUCGGCUGGACGUGCACAUAUUUUUGUUGUGUGUUGCCAAGGUGAUUUCUGUAACAAUGGUUCUUUUCCUAUAUUGGAAGAUUAUGUGGAUGAUGGAGAAUUAGAAUCGGACUAUGUAUUUAAAUUGACAUUGGCUAUAUUAGCGCCUAUACUAGGAGUAGGGAUUAUUGUCGGAGGUGUUCUUUUCUGCGUGAUAGCUCGUAAAACUCGUAGAAAACGUCCCUUGGCUUCGAGGCACAAAAGGUUAAUUAUAGAUCCGGAACUUGAACCGUCCAUGUUACACUUUUCUUCUCCUUCAUCUGUAUCUAGUACAACUUAUCAUGCACAUGAAUUGCAAGCAACUGCAGCGGGUGAUAGUACUCUUAAGGAAUAUUUGGAUGGACGAAGUCUCACCAGUGGGUCUGGUUCAGGAUUACCGUUAUUGGUACAACGCACACUUGCUAAACAAGUAGCAUUAGUCGAAUGUCUUGGUAGUGGAGGUAAUGGAGGAUUUGGAGGUGAAGUCUGGAGAGGUAUUUGGCAUGGUGAAAAUGUGGCUGUGAAAAUUUACUUUUCACGAGACGAGGCUGCAUGGGCUAGAGAAACGGAAGUCUAUUCUCAAUUAUUACCAUCCAGACAUGACAAUAUUUUAGGAUAUGUUGGAAGCGAUAUGACAAGUAGAGCUAGCUGUACUCAGUUAUGGCUAGUAACACAUUAUCAUCCACUUGGUUCGCUUUACGAUCAUUUAAGUCAUUCGCCACAUCCAUUAACGCAUCAUCAAACCUUGAAUAUUACGUUGAGCAUAGCAAAUGGUUUACUUUAUUUACAUACGGAAAUUCAUGGAACUAGAGGAAAACCGGCGAUGUCCCAUCGUAAUCUUAAAUCUAAAAAUAUUCUUGUUAAAACAAACGGCGGCUGUGUUAUUGCGGACUUUGCAUUAGCUGUAACUCAGGAUCGACUUACUACAGACAGAGUGGAUUUAAAACAAGGCUCUAAACGUUACAUGAGUCCUGAAGUUUUGGAACAAACAAUAAAUGUAGAAUGUUUAGAAAGCUUCAGAUGUGCAGAUAUCUAUAGUUUGGGCCUUAUAUUGUGGGAAGUUUGUCGUAGAUGUAUAAGUAACGGAGUUGCUUUGGAAUAUGCUGCCCCUUAUUCCGAAUGGCUCUCGUACAGUAAUCAAGAACCCAGUAUAGAAGAAAUGCAUAAAUUGGUCUGCCUUGAUCAACGUAGACCACCCUUACCAAACCGAUGGCAUUACGAUGCAACAUUAUCAGGAAUGGGAAAACUAAUGAGAGAAUGUUGGCAUAAUAAGCCUGCUGCACGCUUACCUAUUCUUCGAGUGAAAAAAACACUCAUCAAAUUAGCGGCUGCCGAUUCUCGCGUUCAUUUACCUCUCGACUGACCAUUGUUUAUUCGAUCAUAUUCUAUUUCUUAUAUAUAUAUUUAUUUUUACUAUUAUCAUCAUCAUUAUCAUUAUACCAUCAUAUUAUCACACGCACUGUAAAAUCAGUCAUCCUCGUUGUUGGAUCAUAAAUUAUCGAAAUAUCAUGGAAGGGUAAAAAAAAUAUCGUUUAUUGACAUAUCGUGAAAAAACAUUAACGUUUUCAUUCAGUCUCAAUUCUCUAAUACGUUUGAUCAUAUUCAGUGCAUUAUACUUGAGUAUUUAACUCAAGUCAGCAUGAAUUUUUAUACACUAAACUCGAUUAAAUUGUAUAAAUGUACAAAUUUUAACAUUUCCAUAAAACGCGUUGAUGUGUUACAUUUAUAGAAAUGAUUAACAAACAAAAAGUAAGAAGAAGAAAGAAAAUAUAUAUGUUACCAGAGUUAGAAGCCUAAUUUCUCGAUUACAUUUGAUUUAGAUUAUUUCAAUAUACAUAUAUUGAAUAUAUAUAUACACAUACAUAUAUCAUUUUUACAAAUAUUAUUAUUAUUUAAAUAAGAAGUGUGCACUUAAAUUAAGUAAUUUUACUAUAAUCAAUUUGUGAAUUAAUUUUAGUGUAAUACUUUUUUUUUGUUCAUAAUUUUUUGUUUUUAUUGCAUCUUUUGACAUUACAGAAAAGGAUAUUUUUCUGUGGCUAUUACUCAUAAAAUGGUUAUAAAUAAGUUAGGCACUGUUUAAUUUUUUCCGAAUUAUUUUAGAGUAUAGUGUUCCUUUAACAUCAUGUCUCGAACGUAGGUCUCGAAAGAGAAGAACUCGAAAGUAAUUUUGUAUUUGUAUUGUAUUUUUCGUGCUACGUGGUAGAUACCAUCUUUGUUAAGAUGGUAUCACAAAAUGAAUUUGUAAAUAUUAUCUUUUUAAUUUUCACCUAUGCCAUAUCUUUUUUUUUUCUCAUUAUUGAUUUU